UCAGUGAUGUGCUAGCGCAACUCGAGUCAUGCUGAGUGGUACCGCAGCCUCAAUGUCACGAGUAGACCCUUCACUUCGACUUGAUCAUCCUUUUUGCAGUCGACCAACAUCAGCAAUUGUGAGCUACCAUGCUGAGGUGAUCAAGCCCCGCUGGAGCUGCAGGUAUCAACUGCAAACACCUGCCCGCUGCCGCAUUAACAUACAACACACACACACACGAGAACACACCGACUGCUGCACAACGCCGAUAGCGCAGCUCUGUCCUGUCAACACGGAGGAUAAUCAGCUGCUGGGGAUUGUGGGCACAAAAUAUUGUAGGUACUUACUGCACCCUGUUGGUCAAGAGUGGGAACUACACAGGGACCUUAAAGUACAGGGCAUAGGUAAGAGUGCAAUUCUCCUUUAUGAUUCUUUGAUUGUUGGAUUCUUAUUUUGCUAUGUAUUUUUUCAUUUACAACAACAACAACAAAAUCAGUGUUUUGGGCGUGCUUUUAAGUUUUUUUUUGUUAGCUUUUAUGUUGUAAUUCAGUCCUGGACUUGUCAGUAUGAUGAAGUUCCGUUGUAAACAUUUAAACCAAAACCACACUAAUAAAUUUCAGGUACAAUGAUCUGAAUAUCAAUACAAUUAUUACAGAAUUGCGUGUGAAUAUGAUUCACUAUUAUUAUUAUUAUUAUUAUUAUUAGUAGUAGUAGUAGUAGUAGUAGUAGUAGUCGCAGUUCAAUUAAUUAGUUACAAUUCAAGCUGUAGUUUGCCCCCCUUUGCAUAGGAGGGCACUAUUGCACGCCUUGCACUGGCUAUAGAAGGCCAGCACAAAACAAAGACGAAGAAGAACCGAAUGCACUGGAUGAGAACUUACCAGAAGAGAGCCGAAAUUUUUUUCCCACUCCUCUCAUACAUUCCCGUCUUUAAGGAGGCGAUAGUGCUUUUAUUUAUUGCGAACACUUGUUUGGCUGUGUGAUUCUUGAACAUCAAGUCAACCCAAGAAGGAAGCGACCAACACCACAACGGGGGGGGGGGGGAAAGAAGGUGCCAGAGCAGCUAGCGCCAGGUUGCUGAAAUCUUUCUUCCAUCAGCGUCCUGAUGGUGUGUUUGUCGAGUUGAAGAAGCCCACCAGUCGCAGUGUGUCUCAUCCUCCCAAGCCGACAUGUCCAUCGCCAACACGCCCACCAGCAACGACGCCUGCCUGAGCAUCGUGCACAGCCUUAUGUGCCACCGGCAGGGCGGCGAGAGCGAGAGUUUCGCCAAGCGGGCCAUCGAGAGCCUGGUGAAGAAGCUCAAGGAGAAGAAGGAUGAGCUGGACUCGCUUAUCACCGCCAUCACCACCAACGGCGCCCAUCCCAGCAAGUGCGUCACCAUCCCCAGGACACUGGAUGGACGUCUGCAGGUGGCGGGUCGCAAGGGUUUCCCACAUGUGGUCUAUGCCAAACUGUGGCGCUGGCCCGACCUGCACAAGAAUGAACUGAAACAUGUCAAAUACUGCCAGUAUGCUUUCGACCUCAAGGCCGACAGCGUUUGCGUCAAUCCUUAUCACUAUGAACGGGUGGUCUCUCCCGGCAUAGAUAUAUCAGGACUGAAUCUAACAGGCUCCAGGCCCGGCUCUGCGCUGAUGGUCAAAGAUGAGCAUGAUUUUGACGGCCCCCAGAGCCUGCCCCCCAUGGACGAAGGCCGCUCCAUGCAAACCAUCCAACACCCUCCAUCAGGGGGCCGCCCGGGACCGUCUGACUUAUUUGCCCCUACCAACAUGCUUCCCCCCGCCGAGGCCUCCACUUCUGCCUCCACGUCGUCGUUCCCCACUGUCGCCACAGGAUCGGCCAGUGGCAAUACUGUCUGGUCAAGGAACAGCAGCUUCACCCCCAACACGCCGCACCACAGCAACGGUCACCUGCAGCAUCACCCUCCCAUGCCUCAGCCGGCACACUACUGGUCAGUCCAUGAUGAGUUUCCAUUUCAGCCUCCCAUAUCUAAUCAUCCUGCUCCAGACUACUGGUGCUCCAUCGCCUACUUUGAGAUGGACCUGCAGGUGGGCGAGACCUUCAAGGUGCCGUCGUCGUGCCCCGUCGUGACCGUGGACGGUUACGUAGACCCGUCGGGCGGCGACCGCUUUUGUCUGGGUCAGCUCAGCAACGUCCAUCGCACAGAAGCCAUCGAGAGAGCCAGACUUCACAUCGGCAAAGGCGUACAGCUGGAGUGCAAAGGCGAGGGCGACGUUUGGGUGCGCUGCCUCAGCGACCAUGCCGUCUUCGUGCAGAGCUACUACUUGGACCGCGAGGCCGGACGGGCGCCCGGCGACGCCGUCCAUAAGAUUUACCCCAGCGCUUACAUUAAGGUGUUCGACUUGCGUCAGUGUCACAGACAAAUGCAGCAACAGGCGGCAACCGCUCAAGCGGCGGCUGCGGCGCAGGCAGCUGCAGUGGCAGGAAACAUCCCAGGACCCGGCUCGGUGGGAGGGAUCGCGCCCGCCAUCAGUCUGUCGGCAGCGGCCGGCAUCGGCGUGGACGACCUACGCCGCCUGUGCAUCCUGCGCAUGAGCUUUGUGAAAGGCUGGGGGCCCGAUUACCCUCGGCAAAGCAUCAAGGAGACGCCGUGCUGGAUCGAGAUCCACCUGCACCGCGCCCUGCAGCUGCUGGACGAGGUGCUGCACACCAUGCCCAUCGCCGACCCCCAGCCGCUCGACUGAACUCAGAUGGACUCUCUGCUUGUUGGUGUUGUCAUCGUUCUCGUCAGGUGGGUUUUGACGGUGCUGUGGUGUUAACCCAAAAUAACACAUUUCAUCCGAAAGGGCAAACUAUAGAUCAGUCAGACUGCUGGACUAGACCAGAGUGCUGUGUUUUCUACAUGAUGAACAUUUGUGGCUUUUUUUUUUUUUCUUAAAUAGAAUAUUUAGUAUGAGAUUUCAGUUGAUUUUACAAUUGCGGUUUUACCAGUCACUACAUUAGGUACACAUGCAUAAAAAUGUCGGUUCAUGAUAUUUUCAGAUGUAUUGAAAAGUAAGGCCACAUUGUUAAGAAAAAUAAUGUAGAAGGGGUAAUAGUCAAAGAAUGCAAUUAUGCGGGCACUAUUAUAAUAAUAAUAUAAUAUAAUAAGUUCCUUCACAUAAUCGUACAACCAAUUAAAUUUAAUUAUUUUACAACUAAGUUUUGAAAUUAUAUGGAAGAUGUAUGUUAUUGAGAAAGUGAUUUCGCAACAAUGAAUUAAAACAUCUGAAUUUUAGAAGUCAUUUUAAGAGAAAAAAUGGGCUAAUAAGAAAUUAAAUUGUAAUUUCAUCAGAAAGUGUUUUUGUGUGGGGGGGUUAUUAGUAUGAGAAUGUUAAUAUUCUCUGAAUAAAAUGGAAAUAUUACCCCAAAAAUAAGUAUAAAACUUUUACAAGGAAAUAAA